AUGUCCAAACCGUCAAUACCCGCCUGGCAACGAACAGCACCCAGAGAAGCAGAGGAGCCGAAACCGGAGAAUGCAGCAGAGGAUAGCACAGUGCCUGUAGCGGAAGAGAGUGCGAUGACAGAAGAGGUCGCGAUGUCAGAAGAGAGUGCGGAUGCGAGUGAGCGUGCGAGUGCGAGUGAGAGUGCGAGUGCGAGUGCAGAAACCGUAGAGGCAGAUGUGAAGAGCUCAGGACUAUUGGACCAAGCAUCACGCUUCCUGGAAGACGCAAACAUCCGCAAUGCGCCACGGGAAAAGAAGGUCGUCUUUCUGCAGGCCAAGGGUGUAUCUGCCGAGGACAUUGAGACAUUGCUGGGGAAGGCGAUUCCAGAGGAUGCCUCUCCAGAUCUGGAGGCAGCUGGCGCGCGAGCCUGGUCUACAACGCCACCCAAACCCGUCGAAGCAGCGCCUACAACACCGCCCCGAACUCGCGAGAUACCACCCAUUGUCACGUACCCAGAGUUUCUUGCGCAGACCGAGAAAGCACCACCCUUAAUAACGACCAAGCGUUUAGUAAAUACUGCGUACGUAGCAGGAGGGCUCAUGGCAACCAUAUACGGCCUAUCCAGGUACAUUGUUGCACCGAUGGCACAGGACCUUGCAGAAGCACGGCACGACUUCGCGACGCAUACAAAGGAGCAGCUGCAGGAGCUGAACAAGAAGCUUGGGGGGUCUGUCUCGGUGGACCCAGCCACCAAAGUGAAGAAGAGCGUAUCGGAAAUGGGCGACGAUGUAUCAGAGGCCGACUCAGACCCCACCGAGCUCUACCACCGUGACUACGGGACACAAACCACCCCGAACCUUUCGCGACGCCCCUCAGUGGCCGAUACCGAUGCGCAUCCUACAGUGACAGCACACGAGAAACGGCUAAAGAUGAUUUCAUCGCAUCUUAAUGAGAUCGCCGCCAACCGAACGAACAGCCAUGUCGCCCAUGAUUCGUUGCAGACAAAGGUGUCGGACUUGACAAGCUACCUCAAUGACAUGAGCUACCAGAGCCAAUACUACUCCAGCAUGAACGGACUCUAUGGGGGUAGCUACGGUCUGCCUUCGGGCAAGGACGGGAAGAAGGACCAGAUGGAGAUAUUGAAGCAAGACAUCAGAGCGGUCAAGGGUGUCUUCCUCAGCGCUAGGAACUUUCCUACAGGAGGGCCACGCAUUCCUGGCUCACGCACACCUCCAACGGCUAUGCCUACAGGAAGGCGAACACCGCCAAUGCCAACAGGUCGUGCUGGGACAUAG